AUUCCAAAAACCCUAGCUGAGAAGACUGUCCAAUUUCAUUUACCUCUAAUGGCGUGCACCAUCGAUUUCCGACGCCUGGACGAGGGUUUUGGGGGUAAGACGUCCAAGCGCAAGAGAUCCGAGCAGGAAGCCGCCAAGCAGAAUCUGAAUCAAUCGAAUGAGGAUGAAUCAAUGGACUUGGAUACAUUCAACCAGCCGCAGUCCAAGCGGCAGGCCGUCCAGUCCUCCGAUGACCCCAACAAGCCGUCCUUCGGAAGGCCGACGUACGACGGCGUGAUCGCUGGGAAAGUGUCUGGAAGGAACUGGAAGGAGGUUCGGACCCAUCGAGCGUCUGCGGUGCACGUGAGCAAGAGAAAAACGACGGUUGAGCAGAGGACGAGGGAGAAGGAGGUGAAGAAGGCGUACAGGGAGAGGAUGAACGAGCUGAAGGAGGAGAUAAGGCGGAAUAAGGAGGAGAAGCGGAAGCUCCGGGAGGAAAGGGAGAAGAAAAAGCAGGAGAAUAUUCUGAGGUCCGGGACUAAGCUCCAGGUAAUAACAAACCCUAAGACCCUGAAGAAGAUAGCUAAGUCCAAGCAGAGGAAGCUUCUCAAGGUUGUACCUGAUGAUAUACUUAAAGGAAACAAAAACUCCAAGAAGUAAGGGAAAUUGUAAGGCUUCUGGUAUCUUAUAUUUAGCUGCAAUUUUGGGAUCAGUAAUUAGCAUAAUUAAACAAGAAUUCCGUGAAUCUAUCUGUUUGUUUUCAUUGGGUAUGAAAGUAAAGAAGAUUACGAUUAAUGUUUGAUGUGGUUCUGCUUAGUGUAAUUUUGGCUUGCUUAGAAUUUUUCUUGACAAUGGCUGCUAGAAAAUUCUGUGGCGAUACUGUGUUACUUUCUUUCUUUAAAAUUUGCAUAUUGGGGGUUGUAUUUAUGUGCUUGAUUAAGUUGCUCUGAAGAUGUAUUAUUUUGUUGAAAUUACUGUUUUAUGUAGUAUGAGUUGCUCGACAUAAGGCAAAGUUAAGAAGAUUACAAUUGAUCGACUGUCAAGUGUAUUUGAAUCUAAGUUUGUUUCGGGGAGCUUCCACUGUGUUUUCUUCAGUUUGAGUUAGUUUUUUCUUCAACAAAUUGUAGAGUCUGCAAUGUGAGUUGCAAGUCUUGGGUAUGCUUAUUAGUGACCUGAUUUGAGUUAUUUUUUAAAUAGGAAAAAUCUAGGUUUUUGUUUGCCAUGUUUUUAAUGAAAAUUAGUCGUUCAUAGUGAUAUUUUGAUUUUACUUUGAGAAAAAAAGGAAAAAGUAAUGAAAAAUAGUACGGAGUGAGGACUAAUUAUAGUGCUGAUUGGACAGCAUAUGGUAAUCUUGGUAAUCUUAUGCACAACACAUGGUUGCUGUUGAAAUGUAUAUCAUUAGGAUGUGUUGUCAAUUACAUAUUAUUUAUUGUAUAGUGUUAGUGUGUGAUAUGUGCUUAAGAUCAAUGGAAAUAUGCACUGUUAGUUAUAUAAUACAUUAUUAUAUUAACAUUACCUGUUAACCUGUGAUAUGUAUUGAGAUCAAUGGCGACAGAUUAUAUAAUGUGAUGUAAGUUCACAUGUUGUAUUUGUAUUAUAUCAACAUAAGCUAUGUGUUGUCUAUCUGUGCAUAAACAAUUUACCGUCAGUAACAGCUACCAUGUUUUUAAUGUAUUUUAUCAACGAUUUUAAGAAAGAAUAAUGCAAUCUCUUAAAUUUUAUUUGAGAACUCCCAUAGGGAUGUCAUUUCAAACAUGAGUUCAGUUGAUUCAUCCCACUUAUUUGUGAUUGUCGUAAAGUUGUAUAGAGCAUGUCGAUUCACAAUUAGUAUAUAGUUAUAUAGAGAAGGCUGGUUGAAAUACAAUUCAUGAAUAUGCUUAAACCCACCCCGCAAAUGUAGUUACUUGACAUACGGCAGGGGUUCAUUGUUUUCUAGCAACCUCUAUCUUUAUUGCCAUUCAACAGAAUUAUGCGUGUGCUUGUCAAUUUGUUUGAGUUCAACCGGCGAGCAAAAGAUCAUUUUUAGUAUGUGAUAUCUUUCUUGAAUAGCUAAAGUAGUCUAUUUCCAAUCCGAGACUGCUGUGUUUCGUCAAUAGCUGAGAUUGCAUUUCGAUAUAUCUUAGAAGUGUGUUGGAGAGUUUGGAGAAUAGUAUAAAAAAUAGUUUGACAUAAUUCAAAUACAUGUUGGAUGUCGUAAUAUUUUGUAUACACACAUUUUUUGUUCUGUUAUUUUAAAUGAACAAUAGGUAUUUUGUGUUAUUGUUUGGAGAAUGUACUUUUAAAUAAAUGUGUAAAAACUAUGGUUUUGUGA